AUGGCAUCUGCCGCCCGACCGUACUUCACGGGCGCUGCCCAUACCGCCGGUAUAUUCGCCGACCUCUCUGUCGACGGCCCCGUCAUCGGCACGCUCGUCGCCGUUGUCGAUCGCGCCAAGAACCUGCCCAAUCGCAAGACCAUUGGCAAGCAGGACCCCUACUGCGCUGCCAGACUCGGUAAAGAGGCCAAGAAGACGACGACUGAUAUUCGCGGAGGCCAGACUCCCAAGUGGGACCAAGAGCUACGAUUCACUGUCCACGACUCCUCCGACUACUACCAGCUCAAAAUCUCCAUCUUCACUGACGACAAAAAGACUGAUCUCGUCGGCGAGGCCUGGAUCGACCUCAAGACCAUCAUUGUACCUGGCGGCGGCCAAGCAGACGUGUGGCAGAGCUUGUCCUGCAAGGGCAAGUACGCCGGCGAGAUUCGUCUCGAAAUCACAUUCUACGAUACUCGACCCAAGCCUGACAAGCCCGUUAAGGCUAAGCAGCCAUCGGCCUCGGAUAUCGACUCGGUCCGGCAGCGAACCUCACCCGUCAAGAGACGCCCGUUGCCCUCAGACCCCAUUACCGGUGAAGCGCCGCCUGCACCUGUACCUGUUCCCGUCAGCGGAAUCGCAGCCGCGAACCCGGAAUACUAUGGCCACCAGCAGACACCCCCCAGACAUGCCAAGCAGCCUUCGCACUCCGGCAUGAUCCCCAACCAGUCUCCGCUGCAGGCGAUGGAGUACAGCAACACACUCCCUCAAGGGGCCCGCCAAUUGUCAGGAGAUGGAUACGGCACCUCACCUGGAGCUCCUGCCGCCCUGAGCUACUCGACAACUCCUAGUCGCCAACCGCACCGCUCUAGAGAACACCAUGACACACCUCCGCGACAGGUCGAUGCCCCUGCCUAUGAGUUUCCGGAGAGUCCCGCUCACUACACCCAUCCGGACCGCCAUGAGCUGCACAUGGGAGAUAGACACUUGCCGUCUCUUGACAUGAGCCAACCUCCGCCGCCGCCGCCAGCACAUCGUUCGCGCCACAGCAGUCUCGGUCCAGACUCGCUGCAAGUCUCGCCCACAAAGGUUGGCCCCUCAACGCCCAUGCGACGCGACGUUCUGAAGAGCGAAGCUCAUCGUCACACGGCCUCGACCUCCUCUGCUCGCCCGUCCUACUCUCACCACGAUCUACCUCCAUCCCCACACAGCCCUGCAGGCUAUGGUACCCCUUCACCCAGACAUCAGUCAUAUGACUCUGGUUAUGGUAAUCGCUCGUUGCAUGCCACUGUCGAAGAUGUGCCAGACUCUCCCACAGGCGUGAGCUCCUCUUACAGAAGCAGGCAUGGCAGCGAACCUCCGGCCGCACACAUCGGCUCUUCCUACAGAAGCAGACAUGACAGCGAACCUCCAUUUGAGCGCGAGCCCAGCCCGAACCCUUACCAGAGGCACUCCCCCAACCCGUCGCCGGGUUACCAUCACCAGUCCGCAAGUUAUGGCUCAAAUCAUGAUUAUGAUGAUCAGGACUAUGAUUAUGGCUACCAGGGCUCACCAUCGGCGAUGCCAGGCCAUGGCUAUGGUGGAAACUCCCAGAGCACUCCGCAGCAUCGCCACGUCAGACAGGGUAGCGGACAGCCCCCGCGCACCCCUACCUAUGGUAUGCCAGCUCCUCCUUCGUCGCUCCAGCACACCGUCGACCCUAGAUUGGCUCGCGAUGUCUCGGAACGCAUCAGUGAGGAGAGGCAGUACGAUAGUCGCCUCGCUGGCCAGCACCCAUCGCCCGCUCGCGGCCGUCAGAGGAGCGAGCCCCCUCCCAGCUACGGAACACCGCCUCAUAGCUACGCACCGCCACCCCAUCAUGAUAGACGUGGAAGCUCCAUCACGUACUCAGGAGGGCCCCAGGACAUCCAGCCCAUCCCACCCCAUGGCUACGGUAGGAACAUUUCUGCAAGCCCCGCACACAGUAUUCCUAGAAAGUCUGUGAGCCCGGCGCCGCAGGCCCUCGAGGAACAACAUGCUCCGGGUGUUCCAUUUGGCCCUGACUCAUACGAUGCGCUAAACCCUAGCAUGGUGUCGUCUCGGUCUUCACACUCUGCAAUGUCCGGACAGGAACGCCCAGACUUGAACGGCAAAAUUGUCAUGCACGAUGGCCGUGAGGUUGAUCCCUCUGACCACUUGCCCAUGGAAUCGUGGGCUCCUGAACCUGAGCCCAAACCUGGCCAGAAGUCGGCUUCUGCUGACAACCUUCGCCGUUCACCUGGCGGAGCUCAACCCAUGCCACCAACGGGACGCAGGCAGAUGCGACUCUCGCGAGCUGAGACCGCACCAAUGACUGCCUAUGGGAAUGAAGAGCCUCACACACCACCGGCGCCGAUAGGUGGCCGCAAUCGCUUGCAGAAGAAGGCUCCACGAGGCACUUCGGUGUCACCUGGAGCACCGAGCCCAUUGGCACCCAUCCACUCGGAAAACUACCAGGAAAGGCAGAGCCCUCAUGGCUCUUACGGCCGCCAGGGCCACGCGCACCGCGGAUCGUACGACUAUCCCAGUGAGAAUUAUGCGCCGCCACAGUACGGCAAUGGUCCGCCCAUCCCGGCGAAGAUUCCGCUGAUGAGCGGUGCCAUUGGGGGAUCCGAGAUGUCUCUGGCAGAGGAGAUGCAACGCAUCGACAUUGGCAAUGGCAGAUCUCGUCGCCGGGGGGGCUAUUAG